UUUUAUCUCUUCUUCCAUCCGGGCUUUCAUUGAGCGAGGAUAUUUCGUAGUCUUGCCAUGCCAAGGCAACCUCGCUCCAUUUAUUGUUUUUCUUUAUAAUUUAUAGGUGCCUAGUUAAAUCAUGCGCGGCCUUCUAAAGGCUCAGUUGUUGCUAGCGCCGGUGCUGGCGGCGGCUCUUCCAACUAGACAUGAAGUCUAUACCCCACGUGCUUUAAUAAACAUCAAUAUCGACAAAACAUCGGAUGAAGUCGCUCUCCAAGACAUAAAUCUUCGCCUCGACAUCCACGAGUCGACAUCCCCAUGUGGUUACGGAAAUGUGACCCUUAAUGACCAAAAACUCGCACAAGAUGAGAACGGCGCUGGAUCUGGAUCGAUCACUACCGAAGAUGGCAACAUCAUCAUCGCUAUCUGGGCGUUUACUUGUGUUCACCUCGAAGAUGAGUUUCAAGGACAGAUGAUGGCUUUUGAAGUCGUAUCCAUGAAUAAUAAGGAAGUCGAAGAUGCUAGAUUCGUCGUUCAAUUCCAACAGAUGGCACCAGUUUCGGUUUCCUUCAUCAACGCCACCGGGUCCAUUGUUGAAGUCCCAAUUUCUACCGAGGAAAAGGAUGACAGCUCAGAUGAAGAGGCUCCGGCAACUCUAGAUGAAGAAUUAGCCGAGUUGAAGUCCAUGAUGCGACAACUAGCAUCUCUCGAAUACGCAAUUUCUUCCAAGGUACACCGUAUUGCUGAGAUGGGCCAUGAUUUCAAGCCACCUCACGAAUUUCAUUCGUUCGCUGAGUGCGACAGCCUGAAAUGCAUCGUGAAAACGAUGUACAAUCGGGCGAAGCACAUGGCUAGCAGUUUCUAUGGACACGGACUUGGAGAUCAGGGCCCCUUUGAUGGUCGACCUGGUCGACACCAUUGGCCUUUCCAUGGCAGAGAAGGGAAACACCCACAUCACUGGUUUCCCCACCAUCACGGCGGGGAUCAUGGGAAUCACACUUUCCCACAUCCUCCUCACCAUCCUCAUCACCCACCGCCCCCUCAUGGUGACCAUCCUCCUUUCCCUCCCUUUUGUCAUUGUGGACCUCCACCGCCACCUCCAAACGGCCCCCCUCACGGUCCUCCUCCUCACGGCCCCCCUCAUGAUGGUCCUCAUGGAUCCCCUCAUGGCCCUCCUCAUGGUCCACCCCAUGGUCCCCCUCACGGUCCGCCACCGCCUCCUCCGCCUCCACCACACCAUGAGUUCGGCGAUGAACGCCCGCCUCACGGCCACCCACCACCAAAUCACCACGCAACAGAGGAUGACGCUCAAGAGAAGCCCGAACCAGCUGAGGAAUUCACACAUGAGAUGGGACCGAGUGAGGAUUUUGAUGGCAGACCUGAACUGCCCCUUCACCCCCCUGAGGGCGAGCCCCCUUUCCCUCCACCACCUCCUCCAGGGCUAGACGGACCCCAUCACCCCGGCCAUAUGCCUUUCGGUGGAAGGCCACCACACCCACCACCCCCUCCUCCCUUCCGUCACCCGGGCUUAUUCCACGCGAUAUCGACCAUCCACAUUGUAGCCAUCGUCGUCCUACUUGGUCUCCUAUUUAGCGCCAUACACACACGUUGCUUCACUACCACGCGCGAGGACCGACGUCGGGCACGCGAAGAUCGUUGCCGCCACGACGACGACCAUGAUGACCACGAAACAAAGCAUAUUACUAUCAGCACCAAGUAUAGCAAAAUCAUCAAGUGGUUAAAGCAAACCGUAAGAAAGCAAGAGAUCGAGGACGAAGAAAAGGAAGCUAUGAUGAGAAGGCUACACGGAGCUGAGAGCGAGGAAGAGGACAAUCUCUCCACGACUAUGGAGCAGGAGAUCGCCCAGUUCCGCGCCGUCGCUAGUGUUGUAGGCGAUAUUGUUGAAGCGGAAGAGGGACGCUCUCGGGAAUAUGCCCGAGAGAUGCAACAACAUAGUUCUGCUCCCACUCCCCCGAGUCCGACCUCGGCGUUCCCAGAUUACGCGUCUGUGGAUGAGGAGCUUCCGGCGUACGAUGAGGGGAUGAAUGAUUCACGCUUUGUUGCUGAUGGGUUUAGAUAUACCCCAGGAAGCUCAUGCUAUACUUCGACUGAUACUUCAACGGAGUCGUCGCUUGAUGAGCAUUUGGGGAGAAAGGAUUAGGGUGUUUAAGGUUGGGGUGGUUGAUCUUGGGGAGAGGAUUAGCAUUAUUUGGGUUUCUUUUCGUGUAUAAAUAAGGGCGGCUAUCUAUGCUUGGUGUUGCUGUAAGGUAGUGGUUUUGGAUAAGUUACCGCGGGCAUGGCAUAUAGAGCGUAAUAUAAUAAAUGCUUUAUUCCAAAGAACUUAUUAAUGCUUGACUCAUCAUGAGUACAUGUUAGAGUGCACCUGCUUACACGGGUGACUACUCUAAUAGGGGAUUAUGGGUAGUUGUUGCUCUAUCGCUUUUGCUGAUUGAGACUUUCCUGGUAAAAGUUUCUUAGUGUGAUUGCAGAACUGCGGGUUGUCGCUUCCCUUGAGCAAUAUCAUCAAUAUAAGCAGGAGUACUUCAUGCCUGAUUAUGUCAUUGUUAUCAUCGCUCCCUCUCCUGAGAAUUUACAUAAUCUUUCUUCUCUCCUUGUCCC